CAAAGACCCACGACAUCCAGAUCACAGACGUCACCGAGAGCAGCGCCAGGCUGCGCUGGGCCAGCCCUGAGCCACCCAACGCCUAUGUGUUCGAUAUCACCGUCACCGUAGCGCAUGACCACUCUCUCGUGCAGAAGCAAAACCUGACCGGCACUGAGCAUGUCAUUCGAGGGCUCAGAAGUGGACAGAAAUACCUCGUCGUCAUCACCGGCUACCAGAAGUCCCAGCCCAAAGUCACCUACGCAGGGACAUUCAGCACAAAGACCCCGGCGCAGCCCAAGGUGUCCCUGGCCAACAUGAUGCUCAACACCGAGCCGCUGGAAGGGCCUGAGAGUGAUUGGCCAGACCCUUGCUUGCUGGACUUUGACAUGGGCAUGCAGUGCAAGGACUAUCAGAUUGUGUGGUUCUUUGACUACAAAAACAAGAUCUGCAGCCAGGGUUGGUAUGGUGGCUGCGGUGGUAAUGCCAAUAGAUUUGAGGCCGAAGCUGAGUGCAUUAGCAAAUGCUUAAAACCAUUCACGGAUAUCUGCCGGCUCCAGAAAGACGAGGGGACCUGCAGAAACUUUGUGCUGAAGUGGUACUACGACCCCGAGACCAAGAGCUGCGCCCGGUUCUGGUACGGCGGCUGUGGAGGCAAUGAGAACAGAUUUAACACACAGAAAGAAUGUGAAAAAGUUUGCGUCCCUGGUAACAUCAGCCCUGGCGUGGUGACAACAAUGGGAACAUAGAGCCAGCAACCUGCCAACACAUACCUCUGGGACAGCCAGGAGCAUCAGCCAUCGCCACCCUACCCCUAUAGAAGCUAAGGGUAUAGACUACCUUGCACUGUACUAUCUCAUGCUUUUAACUUCCAAGCAAACCUUGAAGAAAGUGUUUUGCUGCAUGACCUAUCAAUAUGGUGCUAAACUGUUUGUGGACUGAGUGCUACGUGUGUCCGGGUUAUAUUGUAUAGCUUUAACAUUACCAAAUAUUUACCUAACUGCAGAUGGUUAUUGUCUCUCAACCCGUCUCUAAAUUACCCUUUUGUUUUGAUUCCGGCAGUCUGCCUAUCUAAGGCACCAUAAAAAUGAG